UGCCAUACGGCUGACAACUACUUCAGCCCGGUACUGGUUGUCAUGUGUGAUCUGCUGGACAUGCCGCCUGAAGUGGCCGGUGUGACUUUCCUGGCCUUUGGAAACGGGGCUCCCGAUGUCUUCUCAGCCUUCGUCGCCCUGACGUCAAGCACGGAUAGAGAAGACGGCCUAUUGGUCGGUAUGGGUUCGCUGCUAGGAUCAACCAUUUCGACGGUGACCCUCAUCGUUGGCAGCGUGGUGUACAUCAAGCCAACCGGCGUUCCCCCAGUACCUUUCACGCGGGACGUGGUGUUCCUGGUGUUGGCGCUGGUGCUCGUCGUCAUCUCGGACUGCUUCGGCGAAGUACCGCUGUGGCUGGCUGCUUGCUACCUCGCCUUGUACGGAGUGUACGUAACGAUGGUGCUUAAGGGGCGGAAGGAGGAGGAAUCAUCAAGAGGGAAUGUUAACCCGAGGCAGGACGGGAUGGGGGGUGGUGCCAGGGAAGACGACUAUGCCGUAGAUGCGCGAUGGAUAGGGGUUGGGUCUUGGCCCCUGACAAGCGCGGAGAAGGAGCGUGCGCCCAGGAGACCGAAUCCAUCCGACCCGGAUUUCCACUACAGCAAGGAGGGAGGGAAUGGCGCUGCAGGCUGCACCGUGAGCGGGGACGACGGCGGUGGGCAUGGUAGCAUACCCAAUGGCCGCAAAACUCCCCCCAAUGGCGUCAAUGGAGAGCGUGGCUCAAGCGGCCACGGCAGCACUCGGUGGGGGCACUCGUUCGACUCGACGGAGAAAGGGCUGGGGGGACGCACCGCCGCUGUGCGCGACGACUUUUCGGCCAGAGGGAACAGCGUUAAGCACGACUACUUCGGCGGGGAGGGCGUGGGGGGAGAGGGGCGAUCGCUUUUGGGCGGGGGCGACGGAGUGGGGUCGGGUGGUGAGAGUUGGGGGCUUGACGGAGAAGCGAAGGAAAACGUUUUCGCGAUGGUUCCCGGCAGCACGGCGUCGAUGUUUUCAGAGGAGGACGACUCCGCGGCUAGCUGGCUGGCCCAGCGUCAGCGGCAGGGACGCAGCACUCCCUGGCGCAUCGCCUCCUCCGAGUACGGGUCGAGCGAAGAAAUGAGCAUUCCCCUCUUGCAGGAUAGGAGUUGGCAGGACGGUCCGCGGAAAGGCGGCGAUCGUGGGAGUGGUUCUGGGGGCUAUCUUGUACUCGUGGUUCUCGACCACCGAUCCCUGUCUCCUUGUAUCCCUCUCUCCCCUGCUCCUCUGGACGUGCUGUUUUAUGACGGCAGAUUUGAGCACACCUGGGCCACAAUUCAGUGGAAGCAGUGGAGGCUGCGACGGCGUGUUCGGCGUGGGCUGGACAACAGCUACGUCGCCAAGCUGCCCUGGUACCGCCGGGUGUUUUGGGCCUUGGAGUUGCCGUUCAUCCUGGUUAGGAACGCUACGGUACCUCCGGUAGAGGCGGACUCGUGGUCACAAGCACAAGCGGCGAUAAGCACGGCGCUGGCGCCGACCCUGGUUGCGUGGGCUUUCGGCGUGUGGGGGACCGACAUUUUGUGGGGUUUGACGUGCGGCUGGGCGGCCUUGCUGGGGGGGGUGCCCGCAGGGGUGGGGGUGUGGCUGACGACUCAUAAACGGAGGAUGCCUGAGGAGAGAUGGUACCGGCUCUCGCUGGCCCUCUUGUCGUUCCUGUCGUGCGUGGCCUGGAUCUACUACUUCGCGGACCUGGCCGUGAUAUUGAUUGACGAAAUCGGUACUACCACGGGCAUACCGGGGAGCAUCCUUGGGUUGACGCUUCUCGCCUGGGGGAACUCAACGGGGGAUCUGGUGACGAACCUGGCCGUAGCAAAAGCCGGGUUUCCGGGUAUGGCUAUCGCUGGCUCCUACGGCGGUCCGCUCUUCAACGUCCUCCUGGGCGUUGGCAUCCCCAUGUUUUACAGCUCAGCGAGGUACUACCCGGACUCUGCGGUGUUCGAGCUAGACUCUUCCACCCUCUUCACGGUGGUGAUGGUCAUCUUCGUCCUGCUGGGCACGCUCCCCGUGGUUGCGCGGUCCGGCUACCACUUUCCCGCGAAGGCCCCCGUUGCCCUGCUCGGUGCGUACGCUGUGUACAUGAUCGGCGCGGUGUGGUUGACUCUGACCUUCAAAGCAAAUUGACGUAUAGGGGACGUUCCAAAGUGGUGAAGAGCAAGUUCGCUGGAGCCUGCAAGGGGUGAUGGUGUACGAUGUACGCGCAACGCUUAAGAGCUUUCGUAUGAGCGCAGAUUUCUGCGCGCUCUUGAAAGGGGGGUGUAGGGCAGCUGAGGCAUCGCUUCCGCAGGUUGCACAGCGGCACCUAUACCUACAGUCCUCUGAGUGACUGGAUGGGCGAGGCGGCGGAGAGUAUUCCGCGUGGCCUAUGAGCUUUCCCGAAAAUGACUCCCGUGUAUGUGACUUCCGCAACGGUCCUUCUAUUAUGAGUGUGUUGUUUCAUGGCGGGGAAAGGAAACCAAGGGUUCGUCAGCUUGCGAGCUCGGCCUGUGGGUCGGACGGAAGGGGUCAAGAGCAGGCCUUAUCAGAUGGUGUGCUUUUUUCGCGGGAGAUACGCGUCUUACGUGGGCAACAUGUCGGACGGGGGACACACAGAGGUCUAGCAGACCGCCGUUCCAUUGUCCGGCACAGCUACUCUUGUUGCUAAACUCGAGAGACUCGAGAGAGGGAGAGGUCGAGAGACUCGAGAGGGGUCGAGAGAGGUCUCGAGAGAGGGAGCCGGGUAUUCGUAGGCUUGCUUGUAGAGAGGGCGUUACGUCACGACCUCGAUAUGCUGUAUUCCAGCUACACGCGCCUCUUGAACGGGUAAAAACCCAGCCAGUCAGCCAAUUCAUGGUGGCCGAUUGGUCCGCACUCGCUUGUGCUUGUUGCAUGAGUAACUUUUGUCCAGUGGAGCUCGAUGUGUCCAGUCGAAGAGGCACCAAAAGGGGUUAUGACUGCUUCAACAAAUCUGUGUUGUGCACGUCAGUUGUGUUUUUGCUUGCAGACUACUACUGUAGGUUAAGUUGACAAGGUGUAGAGAUAACCAGUCGAUUUACAUGCGUCUACACGGGACGAAGGAGCCUUUGUUACAGGGGGGUGCAUUGACCACGCUCAGGAUUAAGCGCAGCGAAAUGCGUGUUGAAGACGACUCUCCGUGGGGAGGAGAUGAAAAGGGUGUCAGUUGAGUUAUGGCAGGACGUGGAGCAUGAUACAGCAGUGCCUGUUGGAUGAACUGUUCCGGCGUAGAGUGGGGGCGGGAGUCUGACCUUCGAGGACAUGGCGAAGUGGCAGACAGGAUAGGGCCUGCCUAUUCAAGUUUCUUGCUUGUUUUGUGCAGGAACAGGCAUAACUCUGUGAACCUCAGAUGCUUAUGUUAGUAGGGGUGGAAGAAUGGCGUAGCAGGUGCGAACCCAGUGGUGGAUGCACCCAGCGGACAGGCACGAUAGGGACGAUAGAAGCAAAGCGAGAAUAUGUCGUGAGUGGUGACGUUUGAUUUUGUUGGCGAGCGGAAGCGAUGGGCUUUCUUUGUGCAUCGAUCCCUUCAUAUUUUUUUGUCAGGGAUGCCAUCGGCUAUGUCGCGUGAAUGCUGUUGUAGUUUGCUUACGUUAAUGAGUCGGUCUUCUCUCUAGAUUUUGGGUUUUAAUCUCUCUGGAGCGAACAGAUAGGCAUUUUCGGAGUGAAAAAUGGAGGGUUGUAGUCGUGGAUAAGCACGAUGAGUGUUGUGAGGAAAGUAGCUGCUGAGCGCUUCUCCGUUCAUAGUGGAUCAGAAAAAAAGCACCGCAGGGAGGGGAAAAAAUGCUUCGAAAUACUACUGUAGUUACUGCAAGUGUGUACCUUCCUCUUGCCCCCACUGGCACGCAGUUAUAUUCCGAAAGAUGUACCAGAAUCUGGCGCCCAUGAUCGAUGGGAACACGCACAACGAACACCUUUGUCAUGUUUAGCGCAUUUGUGUUACAUGCAAUGUUUCUGGAUCCUUUCGAUUAUCUUUGACCUUUCAUAUAAGUGCUACAAGUGGUGGUAGUUGGAUUGUCAUCGUGGAAGGCGUCCGCGUUGGGAACCAGUAAAUGUACUGCACAGAGUGUUGGAGCGAUGUUUUAUGUGAAGACGACAACAGUCAGUUGCCCUCUUUUUUUCUUUUUUUGGUCUUCACUUCAAAUCAGCGCUCACGGCACUGGUGCCGUUUACUCCAACCCGUGGUCACACAGAAGAGCCCCUCUCUACCCUCCCCUCCUGCGGUACUUUGCCUUCGAUUUUUAAUGCGAGAAGAGUUCAGCACUCUCUUCCCUCUGUGUACACACGAACUGGCGCUAUCCACUAGGCCAGGAGCGGAAGCGAGAGAAAAACUCGCUUUGCAAGAAAAGCUCGCUUACGCCAGGAUUCAAACCCCUGACCUGACCUCUAGAAGGU